AUGGGGAUUUUAAGGAUUAUGAUGCCUCCCAAGUUUCAGCUCUUGGCACUGCUGGCAUUCGCAGUGGCCAUGGUUUUCCUAGAGAACCAAAUACAGAAGCUGGAGGAAUCGCGAGGUAAACUAGAACUUGCCAUAGCCAGGCACGAGGUCCGAGAGAUCGAGCAGAGACACACUCAGGACGGAGCGAGGGAGAGCCUCCUGGACGAGGCCGAUGACGUGGUCAUCAUCUACAACCGAGUGCCCAAGACUGCCAGCACCUCCUUCACCAACAUCGCCUAUGAUCUGUGCAGCAAGAACCACUACCACGUACUGCAUAUCAACACCACCAAAAACAACCCCGUCAUGUCAAUUCAGGACCAGGUUCGUUUUGUGAAGAACGUAACAUCAUGGAGGGAGAUGAAACCUGCAUUCUACCAUGGACACAUUUCCUUUCUGGACUUUGCUAAGUUUGGAGUGAAGAAAAGGCCCAUUUACAUCAACGUUAUCCGAGACCCCAUAGAGCGCCUGGUGUCUUACUACUACUUCCUUCGCUUUGGGGACGAUUACAGGCCGGGUCUGAGACGCAGGAAACAGGGGGACAAAAAGACUUUUGAUGAGUGUGUAUCUGCGGGAGGUUCUGACUGUGCUCCUGAGAAACUCUGGCUCCAGAUCCCUUUCUUCUGUGGUCACUACUCAGAAUGUUGGAACAUUGGCAGCAAAUGGGCUUUGGAGCAAGCCAAGUAUAACCUGGUGAAUGAGUAUAUGUUGGUGGGGGUAACAGAGGAGCUGGAGGACUUUGUUAUGAUGUUGGAGGCAGCGCUUCCUCGCUUUUUCAAAGGAGCUCUGGAGCUCUAUCGAACAGGGAAGAAAUCUCAUCUGAGGAAGACCAGUGAAAAGAAACCUCCAACCAAAGAGUCCAUCGCUAAGCUCCAGCAGUCAGAAAUAUGGAAAAUGGAGAAUGAAUUUUACGAGUUUGCCCUUGAGCAGUUCCAGUUUGUGAGGGCCCACGCGGUACGGGAAAAGGAUGGAGAACUUUACCUCUUAGCCCCAAACUUCUUAUACGAAAAGAUCUACCCAAAAACGACCUGA